CGGGAAACCACUCGCCUUGUCGCAACCCGAGUUAAGCCUUGUGCUUCGUCAUACGCACAGCCACAGCUGAGGACUUUUGUGGCUAUGAACUCUGUCCUAGAGUUCCUGCGCCACUUUAACCCGUCAUUGUUGCGGCACCUGAUAUGUCUCUCCAACGGUGUGCAACGUACACCGUGUCCCAACGUGGAUCGACAGCCCUCGUCAAACUUGAAAUGCUAAACUACCUAGGUAGAUAACCACAGGUGCAGGCUAGUAUAGGUCAGAAACUGCUCCCUGAGGGCGGCGAUGAGGUCCACAUGUCUAAACACACCCGCCACUUGCUCACACCUUGAGACUAGAAGGUCCAUGCCACACUUCAUAAGAUCAGAUAUGCAGCUGUCGAGUGCUCAGAUCUACAGCCUCUACAGCCAUCAUCACCAGCUUGAUUGAUCUUGGGGUAGACACGUGGGACCGUUAUGUGCGUGUGUAUGUCAUCCAUGUCUUCUCAAUUGAUCUACGAGUCAUUCAUCCAACCGGCCUUUAGAGCCUAAUCUCCGAUUGCAGUAGGAAAUGGCUUGAAGUGAGUGAGGUUGUGGUUCCGUACUAGUACCGUCAGUAGUGGACUUCAACAUACAUGCAUAAGGUAGAUACACAGCUGUGACAAGCUUGAAGAGCACUUGAACAGUCUCGAGUUUUUGGACUGGCGGAACACAACAUGUGCCCGAAACAUGGCCGAAACAGAAGGUGCCUCAGAAGUGAUGUCCCUUCUAAAGUAGCUAGGGACGUUUGCCCGGAUGCAGGAGUAGCAAGCAAACCCUCAGAGACAUCCCGGCCGCUUGGAAGCGUGUCAAACACUAUUCGACCGGGCUGGCGAAUUGCCGAAAAGGCGGUCGAAUAACUCGACCAACAACAGAGCUUCAAGUCUUCCCAGGUGCAAUUCUUCAGCUGCAGACCAUCCGAGUGCCCUUCUCCAUGCGGGACAAUACCUGCCUGUAUGAUUGUGCCGGUAUAGCACACUGUACAGCGUAUACCGCAGAUUGCGUGGCUAUGACUCUUGCCGUAGCUGGCGCCACGCUCAUCCGCCCAUGAUUUGCGAAGGCCACGACACCCGAGUCGGAUAUGCCUCAAUGGAGUCUGUGUCAUCAAUCGUUAUCAUUGCUGUAUGCAUGGCCCCAUACGACUUGCCAUUGUCUCUUUGUUCCAGUUGUCACUUGCCAGCGCUUGCUAUCACCCUUCUCCACGCCAUUACGGGUCAUAGCGCCAACGCGAAACAACUGGAGGCAACCACUCCUCCUUCACGGUCUCUUGCUCAAAAUGCAUCAACAGCACCUAAAUUUCGAGGGCACAGAGCCACUGUUCAGGAAAGAUGCCAGUUCUGGAGCAGGACGGAAAGCGACCUAUGGCACUAACAUCCAGCAAGCGGACUCAAUAGACGACAAUCCUAUGCCAAGCUGGACCAGGGCUAUCGCAGAUAGUCAAUGGAGAAUUUUCCCUCAGACCAUCGCCCAUCGAGGAUACAAAGCAGAACAUCCUGAAAAUACACUGAGUGCCUUCAAAGGCGCUGUCGAGGUCGGCACUCAUGCCAUCGAGACCGACAUCCACCUCUCAAAGGACCACGUUGUUGUGCUGUCCCAUGAUCCAGACCUCAAGCGAUGUUUUGGAAGGGAAGAAAAGCUAAUAGAUUGCGACUGGGAGUACUUGAGUUCGCUUCGCACUCUGAAAGCGCCCCAUGAACCCAUGCCACGCUUGAAAGAUUUGCUCGAAUAUGUCGCACAGCCGGGUCUGGAGCACAUCUGGAUUUUGCUCGAUAUCAAAAUGGACAACAACGCAGACGACGUGAUGCGCUUGAUAGCGACGACUUUGGAGUCUGUCGACCCGGGGGCCAGAGCCUGGGAGGAGCGCGUGGUGCUUGGAAUAUGGGCCGCCAAAUUCUUACCUCUCUGCAGGAAACACAUGCCGAAGUAUCCUAUAAGCAACAUAGGCUUCUCAACAUGCUACUCUAGGCAAUUUCUGAAAGUGCCAAAUGUGUCCUUCAAUAUGUUACAAAAGGUCCUCAUGGGACCCGUGGGUGCACGCUUUAUACGAGAUGUUCGCAAAGCAGGCCGACCGCUGUAUGUCUGGACAGUCAACGAGACGAACCUUAUGAAAUGGAGUAUUCAGAAAGGGAUGGACGGAGUUAUCACUGACGAUCCCAAGCAAUUCAAGCGCAUAUGCGACGACUGGAAUGAGCAGGAGCCCAGAGCCAAACCGACGUGGAGGCAAUUGCUUUACACGCUCUGGCUGUGGAUAUUGAUCAUCGUCUUCUCACUACCUUUCAAACGCAGAUUCCCAGAGACAGUUGAGCAGGUCAUAAAGAAGAAUGAAUUGAGGGCGAAGGCGACUGCAAAGCUCAGUCAAUCAUGACAUUUAGCGAUGAUGAGACGAAUGGCAGAUCACGAAGAACUGAAUGACAGAGACCACGAUGGCUUCAGGUCAAUGCGAGACAGACAUUGACUUUUAGAUGUAGCCUCGAGGCGUCCGGUGUUUUGAUAGAAUCACAUGUCUUUUACCCUCGGUGCGAGGAGUAGCUCUUCGACCUGUACAUUCGCAAACCUGGA